GUACUCUUUGCGGUGGAUAUUCUCUUUGAUUGUUUAUAACAUCCGUUUCCGUUAAGAAAUGUUCUUUCCAUGAACUGAGUAUUAAAAUGGUUGGUGUGAGUGAUAAACCGUUGCUGAUAGAUGGGCGGGGCCACCUGCUGGGGCGGCUGGCCGCCAUCAUAGCCAAGACCCUGCUGCAGGGCAACCGCGUCAUCGUGGUGCGCUGCGAGCAGAUCAACAUCUCCGGCAACUUCUUCAGGGCGAAGCUGAAGUUCCUGUCGUUUCUGCGCAAGCGCUGUAACGUGAACCCUGCGCGGGGCCCGUUCCACUUCCGCGCUCCCAGCAAGAUCCUGUGGAGGACAGUCAGAGGGAUGCUUCCUCACAAGACUCCCCGCGGGGCUGCUGCGCUGAAGCGGCUGAAGGCAUACGAGGGCAUUCCCCCUCCCUACGACAAGAAGCAUCGCUGGGUGGUGCCAGGCGCCCUCAGGGUCAUGUGUCUCAAGCCCGGCCGCAAGUACUGCCACGUGGGGCGACUGUCGCAUGAGGUGGGCUGGAAGUACCAGCACGUGGUUCGCACCUUGGAGAAGAAGAGGACUGUCAAGGCGAACAUGCAGAUUUACAAGCACAAGUACCUCAAGAAAAUGACGCGCGAGGCAGAGAAAAAGGCGGUGGACAAGAUCGAACCUCUGAAGAAGAUCAUUGAGAGCUACGGCUAUCACUGAGGCUGGCCUCUGUGCCCCCGGCCUUUACGAUCUUGUGCUUCUAAUAAAACAUGUCUACUACA